AUGUCGACUCAGUCUCUAGAAGGUGGUCAUAAGGAUAAGGAUAGAAUGUGCGUGCGCCGGACAGAUCGUUUGUCCGGAGAGAAAAGACAACAAAAAGGGAAACCAGAGGAGUCAGCAGAUAACCCCUGUUUCACUCGACAGCGGCGUCUCCGAGGUGCGGAUCUGGGAGGGAGGCGGGAGCUGCAGCGGCGCUGGCAGAGGUCGAUUUCUUUGGCGGCGGACCGGCAGAGGCUCAGCGUUGAUUGCGACUGGGGAUUUGGAGGCGGCGGAGACCCGCCGGCGUGCACUGCACUACGAGAGGACCAUCCAAUCCGUGGCGUUGGCGCGGUGGCGGUUGGGGUCUACGCCCGCUGGGUCAGGUCGGAGGCGACUUCGUGCAGCUCACCUAGGAGGCUAGCUCAGAGAAGUUGCAACCUACAAAGAGCAAGGGCCGUUGAGUUUGUGCCUCCGCCAUGUCUAGACACCAAGGUUGGGCGGACCUGCCAGAUGCCCUGCUUCAUUCCAUUAUCCCACUGUGUUAGUGUUUCACCUCCACAGAUACCAGGCGACGAAUACACCAAGGUCUACUACGGUGCCCUCACAGCUCCUCUAGCGUCACCCAACUCACAUCUACUUGUCAGCAACGAAUCACACACUUUCGUUUGGCGUGUUGGUAGUCACUCUUGGUUGAGACCUUCUCCUUGCGGUGAACGGUCAAGCAGAUCGUGAACUUCAAAGGCCAGGUUGUUGGCAUGAACUCUAGUCAUGCGCUCUUUGUUGCGCACUUGGGACCUAAGAUUCGCGUACAGGAAGUGUUAGUAAGUUGUGCAGAAAUGCCCACCAUACGGAAUCUUAGCAACCUAUGUCUGGUGGCUUGUGGCGAUAAGCUUCUCUUGGUCGGGUGUCAGGGAUCAUUUCCGGCCAGAGGGGAUACCUUUGAAGUUUUCCGCCUCGACCAGUCGACUGAUAAUCCAAAGUGGGUA